AGCCAGGUUGCUCUAAAACCUGAGUUCAUUCCGCAAAUUUGUGUUCUUGGAGAUUCUGGGUUUGUGAGUGUGCUUGAAGAUUUGAUGGAAACAGACGACACCAUGGUGGAGCUAUGUACAACAGUUACUCCUGAUGAGUGGAAUCGUGGGGGUGAAGUGAUUACAAAGCAGAUGGGUGAAGGCAAGUGGAUUCAAGAGAAUCAUGGAACACUUGGGAUCAUCCAGAGGUCGCUCUCAAGUUCAACCCUGGAAGCUGAUGGUCAUGAAGGGACAGCUAAGGAGUUGUGGGAGAGUAUGGAAGCUGUGUAUGAGGACAGAUCGCAUCUAUGCAAGGUUUUUGUGGUUAAGCGGGCCAUUGAGAAUCUGAGGCAAGAUGGAGAAGAGCUCAGUAAGCAUCUUGAACGCUUUAAGAGCUUAUGGGCAGAGUUGAAGGCACUCAGACUGAGUACCUCAGAUAAAGACAUACUGAAGAGAAGGCUAGAGCAAGAUGAAGUGUUUAGUCUUCUGCUGAGUUUAGAUAAGUCUUAUGAUAAACUGGUCAAGAAGAUCCUCACGGAAGAAGUCCUACCUGAUGUGGAGAGUGUGUGUGGUUUGGUGAAGCAUGAGCAAGCAACGAUGCAGCCGGAUAAGAGGAGAAAGAUUACUGAGCUAGAACAAGUAAUCACCGGCAAGAGCUUGUAUUCAGCAUACAUAGGAGACAUAAAAGAUGGGGAUAGCUUAACAAACAGACACGAGAAGGGUGGAGCUGAUGAGGUGAUUACCAGAAGAGAAUGGGAUGCAUUUGUAGCCAAAGCGAAAGCACUCACUGCAUCAAAGAAGCAAGGAAGUCAUUCAGUAAGGUCUAAACCUAUUAUUGUGGAUUCUGGAGCCAGUCAUCACAUGAUCAGUGAUAGGAGUCUGAUGGAUGAAGUGAGAGCAGCUACUGGAAAUGUUCAGAUAGCAAAUGGAGAUAAAAUUCCUAUAGAAAGGAUAGGAAGCUUGAAGCUAUUUGACAGGGAGUCAACAGCCUUGUACCUGCCUCAGUUUACCUCCAAUUUGAUAUCUGUAAAGAGAGCUACUAUUGAUUUGCAAUGUCAAGUAGUAUUCAGGCCACAGGAGGUUGAGUUUCAAGAUCUUGUUACGGGUCAAGUGAUUGGAAAGGGGAGCAGUACCAACAAUCUAUACCAGCUACAAUCAACUAAGCUCUCUAAACCCUCUAUCUCUAUAUGCAUGAGUAGUACUGCUGAUGGCUAUGAAAAAUCUAAGUAUACAUGGGUCACAUUGCUUCCCUCCAAGGAUAGAGUGUUAGAGGCAUUUAUAAACUUCCAAGCUUAUGUCACUAAUCACUAUAAUGCUACUGUGAAGGUACUAAGGACACCGACGAAAGUUCUGAGGGAUCUAUCUCCAUUUGAGGUACUGAACAAGGCUAGGCCGCAGAUUCAACAUCUGAGAGUGUUUGGGUGUACCUGCUAUGUAUUGGUUCCAGGAGAGCUGAGGAAGAAGCUUGAUGCAAAGAGCACUAAGGCUAUGUUUAUUGGAUACUCCAUUACUCAGAAAGGGUAUAAGUGCUAUGAUCCAAUAACAGGGAGGGUGUUGGUGUCUAGAGAUGUCAAAUUCAUUGAAGGAAAAGGGAUCAGGGAACAAGAAGAGAACCACCAAGAAGCACAAGUACUCAUGAGGAGGAAAGUGAAAGGAGGAGUGCAACAACAACAGCAAAGUGAUUCAGGAAGUCAUGAUCAAGGAGAGACACAAGGAGAAGAGAGUCCAAGAUCAGAUGGAGAUGCGCAGGCUGAUAGAGAGAGUCCAAGAUCAGAUGGAGAUGCGCAGACUGAUAGAGAUGAGCAGGCAGCUAUGCAAAAUCCAGUCGAGUCAGUUGGGAUUCAGGAACCAGAAACAGAGGUUCAACCACUGAGGAGAAGUACCAGGGUAAAGAAAGAUCCAUCAAAUUGGGUGAACACAAGGAUAUACUACAAUGCGGAGGCCGUAGCACAUCCGACUCAAGCAGUAUGUUCGUUUGCAACAUAUCCAGAGGAGCAUGUGGUCUUCAUGUGUAAUCUGGAUGAGAAUGAGAUCCCAAGGUCUUAUGAGGAAGCCAUGAAGCAUAAGGGCCCAACAGAAUCAUUCUUCCUCCACAUAAGGGACACCGGCAAUCCCUUCACUAUUACACCACACAGGCGUAGGCGCUCGGGAAUCGCCCGGUCACGGUCCUCAAUCGGAAUCACCGUGCCCCGGUCCUCUAUCGGACUCGCCGGGGGCUGUCACAUCCACGUGUGA